UUUUGGGUUGAAAAGGGUGUUUUUUGGGCAGGGGAGAUGCUGUGCACGGCGGUGGUGAUGGCCGGGAGCCUGGCGCUCACCACGGCCGUGGUGGCCCACGCCUACUACCUGAAGCACCAGUUCUACCCCACCGUGGUCUAUCUCACCAAAUCCAGCCCCAGCAUGGCCGUUUUGUACAUCCAGGCCUUUGUCCUGGUCUUCCUGCUGGGCAAGUUCAUGGGGAAGGUGUUUUUCGGGCAGCUGAGGGCGGCUGAGAUGGAGCACCUCCUGGAGCGCUCGUGGUACGCGGUGACCGAGACCUGCUUGGCCUUCACCGUGUUCAGGGACGACUUCAGCCCCCGCUUCGUCGCCCUCUUCACUCUCCUCCUCUUCCUCAAGUGCUUCCACUGGCUGGCCGAGGACAGGGUGGACUUUAUGGAGCGAAGCCCCAACAUCUCGUGGCUCUUCCACUUCCGGAUUGUCUCGCUGAUGUUCCUGCUGGCCCUGCUGGACUCGCUGUUCGUGUCCCACGCCUACCACAGCAUCCUCACCCGUGGAGCCUCCGUCCAGCUCGUCUUCGGAUUCGAGUACGCCAUCCUGCUGACCAUGGUCCUGACCAUCUUCAUCAAGUACGUGCUGCACUCCAUCGACCUGCAGAACGAGAACCCCUGGGACAACAAGGCCGUGUUCAUGCUCUACACCGAGCUCUUCACCGGGUUCAUCAAGGUGCUGCUGUACAUGGCCUUCAUGACCAUCAUGAUCAAGGUUCACACCUUCCCGCUCUUCGCCAUCCGCCCCAUGUACCUGGCCAUGAGGCAGUUCAAGAAGGCCGUGACCGAUGCCAUCAUGUCCCGCCGGGCCAUCCGCAACAUGAACACGCUGUACCCCGACGCCACGGCCGAGGAGCUGCAGGCCACGGACAACGUUUGCAUCAUCUGCCGGGAGGAGAUGGUGACGGGGGCCAAGCGCCUGCCCUGCAACCACAUCUUCCACACCAGCUGCCUGCGCUCGUGGUUCCAGCGGCAGCAGACGUGCCCCACGUGCCGCAUGGACGUUCUCCGGGCCUCCCUCCCGGCACACCCCCCCCCGGAGCCCCCCGAGCAGCCCCCAGCACCGGCACAGACCCCCCCGGGGCCACAGCCCCCCAACU